UGCUUUCUGCCGGUGGCCUCCCCCAAAACCGGGCGCACCGUGGGGUUGUGCGGACCCGCAUAUUCGCUCGCCAGUACCAGCCAGUCAGUCCGAAUCCGUUGGUCGUACCGGUCGGUUCGGUUGUUCGGUUGUGCGUUCGGGUUAGAGUUAGGUGUCGCUGGAGAUAACGCCUUUUGGUAACGCUUCACCAUUCGCGGUUUUGACGUAAAUUGUGGUACACGCUAAAAAACACUCCGCUAAGCCGUGCUAUCAUCUUUGUAAAGGUACAAAACAAAAAAAGGGCAAAAGAAAAACGACAAAAAACGCACCUUGCAACAAGGUGACAACAAAAGAAAACUGUGCGUGUGUUUGUGUGGGUGUGUGUGGGUGUGUGUGUGUGCGCCAUGUGCAGUAAAAAUGAUAUUUAUAUUCCGGCAACUGCUUGAUGCACAGUCGGCAGUAACGUGCUGUGAGGUGUGCUGGUGUAACGCAGUGCAGUAGUGCACAGUUCUCCCCACCCGAAAACGGGCACGGGUGGGUUUGCGAAGAGCGGACGGGCGCGCCAUUCCGUUUGGCGGGCGUUGAUGUGCUUUCCCUGUUAGCAUUAUUUAUAAACAAGUGUGUGUACCGUAGUGGUGGGGUGUGGUGUUACAUGCCAGUGGCUCCGGGACAAAGCGUCACACUUUUAUGAUCGUACCACGCUCGUCACCCCCCAACCCCAACGUCCCAAGCGUAAACAACGUAUGCUGCAUAUGGAUGCUGCCUUUCGGCGACGAGCUGUUUUGCUGUGAGUUUGUCAGGAAGCACGUUGCACAUGCUAAUGAAACGUCUAGUGGAAGGUCGCAGCAGCGUUGUCCUACGAUCAACAGUUUCUGUGUUGCGCUACACCGUGACCCCUGCCAGACGAACCCAUUUCAUCUAACGCGUAUUGUGAGAGUGUUAUCUAGUGCUAUCAUCAUCCGCCACCAAACCGCCCCGCUUUCCGUUGAUUCUCAUUAGCGUGUGUGUGGCGUGGCGUCGGUGUUGCAGCCCAGCGGAGUGGAGUGUCGAGCGAUGCAACGAUGGCCACCAGUGCGACGGUUGACGAUGCAAAAUGUGACGUCGAAACCAACGGUGACGAGAUUGCCAACGGCGAUGAAGAUGAUGAUGACGACAAAGCGCUGAACAGUGGUAGUGGCAACAGCAUCACCACCACACACUAUCCGGAACUUUUGCGAGAACAAGCGCGUUACAUUAAAGUUUAGUGUCCUGCGGGUGUGCAGUACAGUGCGGAAACAGCAUUCGUAGCAGCAGUGUCUAACACACUUGAUACUGCAGCAACAGCACGACGAUCUCGAUCGGUCGAUUGGAUUGAAAAUCAGUUUUGGCUUCGAGAGGUGGCACGAUGGGCGAAUCGACGGUUGGCGGCAAUGAGCAGGACAGGGAAACGGUGCUAACGGCCGGACGAAACGGGGCGGUCGCAAGCUUCCCACAAGAAACCAAUAUCGAAGACAUUGGCCCACAGUGGUUGACGCUGAACGGAAGCGAACUGGACACGGAGUACAAGCAACACCUUGGACUGCUCGAGCAGCUCGAGAACGUUGGCAACAUGUCGAACGGUACGUCCGGAGCGACGGAAGAUCUGGAGCAACAAAUCAACAGCUUUUACUUCUAUGAGACUGAACAAUUUGCAGUAUUAUGGAUAUUAUUUGUAGUGAUCGUGCUCGGCAAUACUGCCGUCCUGGUGACGCUGUUUCUCAACAAAAAUCGUAAAUCGAGAAUGAACUUUUUCAUCAAACAGCUUGCAAUUGCAGACCUUAGCGUCGGUUUGCUGAGCGUCCUGACGGACAUCGUGCAGCGGAUAACGAUCUCCUGGUUGGCGGGGAAUGUCGCCUGCAAGCUGAUCCGCUUCGUCCAGGUGUGGGUAACGUACGCGUCCACGUACGUGCUGGUCGCCCUCAGCAUUGACCGGUACGACGCCAUCACGCACCCGAUGAACUUUUCCGGCUGCUGGAAACGUGCCCGUCGCCUGGUGGCCGCCGCCUGGGGCUUCAGUGCUGUCUUUUCAUCGCCCAUGUUCUACCUGUACGAGGAGCGCACCAUACAGAAUCAGCUGCAGUGCUGGAUCGAUCUCGGCGACCCGUUCCGGUGGCAGGUGUACAUGUGCUGGGUCGCGGCCUCACUGUUCGUCAUACCGGCGUUCAUCAUUUCGGCGUGCUACGUCAUCAUCAUACGGACGAUCUGGAGCAAGGGCUCGAUGCUAGGCCCGACCGGUCCGGGCCCGAACGGCGGCGGCAAACAUCGACCGUUGCGCAACGGGGGCUGUGCCGAGCUGGCAAGCCGACGGGCCAGCUCGCGCGGCAUCAUACCCCGCGCCAAGGUGAAGACGGUCAAGAUGACGAUCGUGAUCGUGAUCGUGUUCGUGCUCUGCUGGUCACCGUACAUCGUGUUCGAUCUGCUGCAGGUGUUCGAGCAAAUCCCGAAAACGCAAACCAACAUCGCGAUCGCCACCUUCAUCCAAAGUCUGGCCCCGCUCAACUCGGCCGCCAACCCGCUCAUCUACUGUCUCUUUUCCACGCACUUUGUGCGCACACUGAAAAGACUUCCACCAUUCCGAUGGCUACUGUCGUCACCGCUGUGCUGCGCCAGCGAGGAGGACCGCGCGGAUCGGGGCCGCUGCGGUACGAUCUCGAACGGGACGCGCAACCUGCGCAACCAGCACAGCAGCAGCAGCUCGAUGCGAACGCUCACCACCUCGCUGACCGUGUCGACGCGCCGCUCGACCGCAACGAUUUCGACGCGCGGCACCAACGGUGCGGCCGCAGGGCGGCUGCUCGUGUAGCGAGGGAUGGUGGGGAGCGGGCUGGUCGCCAGCGGGCCAAUGCCCGGUGCCACGCAGGUCUACCUCGACACCGACGGCAAGAUAUUCCUCGUGCACAAGACCGCUCUCCACCAGCGACUUGCUUGAAGCGACAAACCUUGCGACACGACGGCCAGACGGUCCGUGGCGUGAGUUUUACGAAAGGAUCUCUCAACCCAUUGAACCGGCAUCCAUUUUCGGUGGAUUGGGUGCCUGUGGGUGUGUGUGUGUGGUGGGGUUUUCCCAUUCAGUGUUUUGUCUAGUCAGGAUGUCAGGAGAUACAGCAAACAAAAGCUAACCACGAGAACAUUGCGCCCCAAACGGGUCAAAAAACAACGAACAAAUUGCAGCGUACGAGAGUACGGUUUCAGCACAAUACGUUAAAGCCGAGAGAAUUGGAGCAAAGCAAAGGUGCAAAGCAACGAAUACCAACUCCAAAUCCAUAGGUUCUACCCAACGGGAAAACUAAACACUAUUCAAAAGAGAUAAAAAAGCUGUAAGGAAUGGCACUGAAAGAGAACAUUUGCUUUGUACAUUGCAUAGCUUUAGGCGGACACGGGCACAGAAGUGUGCAAUCUGUGUACGGUUAUGUGUAUAACGCUCUCCAAACACAUGUUUGUCCUUUCUUUUGUAGCAAAAUAGAGGGUGCCUCCUGGUUCGCACAGAGUCCUUCGAAGCAUCCAAUCUCGGUGAGAUCAGCAGCACAGAUGGGAAGAUAAGGUGUAAUUUUGUAUAUCUUUUUAGGAUCGAGCGUGGCAAGAUUGGUGUUUGUUUUUAUUAUUAUAAAACCUUUCAAUGCCCAUGAACAAAGAAAUAAAACGAGUCUGAUGCCAGUAGGGAGUUUAAGAACGCGUUAAUGGUUUAAAUCAAUCGAUGUGCUUUGAACUAGCUUUAUAGAAUAGGCAGUCUUGACCGAGGUCUCCAAGGCAAAAAAGGUCUAAUUUGCGCUCUCUAGAGGUAUAUAUUAGUUGAAGCAAUGUGAAGAAGCAUUCAGAUUUCGUAAAAGUAUAAGCAGAAAGGAAAGUACACACAUACACACACAGUGGAAGAUGAAGGCAAACGAUUGGAUUAGAUUUUUAGUACAUCGCAAAAGAGAGUUGCUAGUGAUAGGAAUGAAAAUGAAUCGUAUAGUAUUUAUAAGCGACAUUGUGCCACAGCUGAAACCAGCGCUUUUGUGUUUGCAUUUGUAUGAAACCAACACAAUACAGUCUACAUACAAGUCGGCACGAGUCGAACGGUUGGCAUGCAAGGGUUAAGUUUCACAAAGAAACGUACAUGUACAUGACCGUCAUUCAAGUCUAAUGAGGAAGGUAGGAGAAUGAACCUAAUGCAGCAGUGCUCACCUUUAACGUUGUAGGUUAAGGUGUGUACUUGAUAAGAGUAGAUGACAGUAUCAGCUCCAGCAGUGAGUAUGAUUGUAGUGGUACAAGGUACAACCCCUUUAAGCUCAUUUUCUACUCAAGCAUUUUGUCCCGAGCGACAGCGACACUGACCGUUAGAUAACAGAUUACAGUUUUCCGACUCGUUUAAGCUACAUGUUAAGAGGUCUUUUAAAAUGUCUAUACACUGUUACCCCCAGCCAGUUAACAUUACGUUGUCUUUACCACGCUCUCCGUUUUCAAUAUGACUGAAGGUGUUUUAAUAACUACAUAUAUGCUUUUGUACAGCAAACACAGUGAAUUGGUUGAACGCUUCACAACUCAACCUCAACCAGCGCGAAGCCCCACAAUUUGCACAAUUGUAAUAACCAACAUUCUUGUAUACCUGUUGAUGAUAUAAAUAUAUACAUAUACAAACACGUACAAUAAAUCUUUUACCAAAAAAAAGCUUAUUACACACAAAUGCAUGUU